UACUACUAAUUCUCAAACUCAAAAGUAAUUUCCUGGCACUGGCUGCUACUGGAGCAAGAGCCCGUGCCAGCACAAGGCUGGCUUAAUCUUAAACAACAACAAGCUGAAACUGAGGUUAGCGACAGUGUCUCAAUAACGGUUCACUGAUUGUUCAUCACAGUUGUGAGCAAGAAAAGCUGGUUGAAUGAAGAACAUGGUGCAGCAAGUUGUUACUCUGUCAAACUCAGUGGUAAUGCCUUUGAUUGGAUUGGGCACAUUCAAAAUAAGAGGCCAAGAAGUCAUUUUUAAAGUCACAGAGGCAGCCCUGAAUGCUGGAUACAGGUCAUUUGACACAGCAGCAGUGUACAGAAAUGAGGAUGAUCUUGGUAAAGCUUUUAAGAAAUAUGUUCCUGAAAUGGGAUUGAAGAGGGAGGAUCUUUUUAUCACCUCCAAACUUGGUCCCAAGGAUCAUGGAUAUGAAGGAUGUAUUGAAGCCUUUAAUUUGUCACUGAAAAGAUUGCAGUUGGAGUAUCUUGACUUAUAUCUUAUUCACUGGCCUGGGGUCCAGAAGCUUCAACCUGAAGACCCUGAGAACCAGAAACGUCGAAAUGAAAGCUGGUCUGCUUUAGAAAGUUUGUACAAGAGUGGGAAAGUUCGAGCUGUAGGUGUCUCCAACUAUAAUAUCAGCCACCUUGAAGAUUUACUACAGCAUUGUAGUGUCAUACCUCAUAUUAAUCAGGUGGAAUACCAUCCACAUUACCAACAAAAAGAACUGAAAAAGUACUGUGAUGAGCAUGGAAUCAAGAUUCAGGCAUAUUCUUCUUUAGGAACAACUGUCUGUAAUAGUCCUUUGCUUGAGAAUUCUCUAGUGAAAGAAGUUGCAAAGAAGUCAUGUCGAACUCCAGCUCAGGUUCUACUUCGAUGGGCUACUCAACAGGGAGUUGGUGUGUUGCCUAAGUCAACAAAUAUGGAUCAUAUUUUUGAGAACUAUGACUUGAACUUUGAUCUCAGUGAAGAAGACUACAAGUUAAUUGGCUCUUCAAAUAUAACCAAGAAAUAUGCUUGGGAUUCUUCAAUAGUAAUUUGAAAUGUAUACACAGUGCACUACAUUCAUAUCAUCCCAUUUUUGUCAUUAUUCAGUAUGUACUUUUAAAAUCACUUCUAUAUACAGUAUUACACUCAUUCUCAGGUACAACUGCAGAUUUUUUAUUUGUAGGGUCUUUCCAUCAUAUGUUUCAUAUUUCAUGUUGGUGAUCACUACCAUUUAGUUACAUGUUAAAUUGCAAUACAUUACCCUUAAUUGUACAUUGAAUAAAAAGAAAUUUUUCA